AUGCAACAACAAAAAAAGUAAUAAACUGCGCAUCUCAAUCCUAUUCUGUGGUAACCUUUAGAGAAAUUAUAACUGACACUUUUGAGUCAACAUCUCAUAUAUUCUGGGAUUAUUUGGAUUAGAAGUGAGGAUCAACAAUUGCAUGAGGAAUAAGUUUCAUUAUAUGCUGAUAGAUUGCAAAUUCACUAAUUGUUUUGUAAUUUGACUUAAACAAUAAUACGAAAAAAUAUUCAAACAAUAAAGUUGGUAUAAGGGAAGAAUAGUACAGAGAUCUUUUUCAAUAGAAGUGCCGAUUUGGAGAAUUGGUUUAACAUGUUGAAAAGAUUUACGAUUCAGUUAAAUUUUAGUAAGGACUACAAAUUGAAUAAGAGAUUGGGAUACCAAGAUCCACAGACACAGAUUUAUCAGGCGAGAUGCUUUGCGAACAAUGUUAAUUAUACAGUGAAGGUCAUUCAAAAAAAUAACAAAUUCGAUCCUAAAUUAAUACAAUAGGAAAUUAAUAUCUUAAGAAGAAUCAAACAUAAGAAUAUCAUCAAUUUGGUGGAAGUAUAUGAAGAUCAAUAUACGAUAUUUUUGGUUUUCGAGAACUAUUUCGGCACUGAAAUGGUGUAUCGAUUUGAAGAUAUUUUAAAUAGUCAAGAACCACAAUAUGCAAGGAUUAUAUAUAAAUUAUUAGAAAUUUUGUCUUGCAUUCACUCUUUGGGAAUUAUUCAUGGAGACAUAAAAUUAGAGAACAUAUAUGUGAAAUCAGACAAUUUGGUGGACAUCUGUUUGGCCAAUUUCAAUUAAUCUGAGUUCAUAGAAAGGGUAAAUUUAAUUGAAAUUUAGAUUCUUAGUUACUAAUCGCCUGAGUUAUUGAAUGGGAAGCCUUACGAUCAGAGUGUCGACAUUUAUGCAGUGGGAAUUAUUUUUUAUUACUUCAUAUAUCAAGUGAUGCCAUUUAGUGAAUCGUAAGAACAUGCUUAGAACGACAAUAAAUCAGGCUAAAUAGAAUUUCCCCAAGUCAGAAACACCUCCUAUGCCAUUGAUUUAUUGAAAUAAAUGCUAUAAGUUGAACCAAAAUAGCGAAUCAAACCCAAUGUGGCAAUGAAUCAUGAAUGGUUCAUCAAAAUGAAGGUGCAAGAGAAGUUAUUCAAAUAAAAAAGUUUCAAAGACUUCACGCUUCCAACUAUUUUGGAAAAGUCAGACAUUUUUACUCAAUCUCCCGGCCAACAGCCUAAACGAGAAUGCAUUGGGGUUUUUGAGGAUGAGUUCUUAAUGGACAGUCUCUCUGAUAGAAUGGGAUUAUUAAAAAAUGCUUUUAAUCCUUCGAAGUUGAAUCAUGACAUUUUUUAAAAGAAAUAGAAAUGA